AUGUCUACUUGGUUGGAUAAAUUCAAUUCACGUCCCUGCGCACCCUUCCGAAUUGACUUAUCAACAACCAUGUCAAGCACGGCCGUCGAGCAACCAUUGGAUCUCGUCCGCCUCGCCUUGGACGAAACCAUCCGUGUCAAAAUGCGAGGCAAUCGGGAGCUGCGUGGAAAGCUCCAUGUACGUUUCCACAGCCCCGCUUCUAGACCACCGCACAGUCUCACGGAGAGACUGUGUCAAUGCGGCGACUAUCCAGCAAUUGCACAUUUCGUCUCGAAUUAA